AUGACGCAACUCAAGCAUACGGCUAUGGAAGACCUCCCCAAGGAUGUGGGCAAGCCACGGCUCGAGGUUGCGGCGUCCGAAGUAGGAGCAAACGUCAGACGCGCGGUAAUGAACGCAAAUCUGGUCGCAACGUGGGCCAAACCGGAACUCAUCGAAGUACCAGACUGGCAAAAGUCUUGGAGACCGACGAUCAACAAGACGCCGAAGGGCACAGUUCUGAUCAUUGCCCCAUGGAACUAUCCAGCAGGAUUGCUCAUCGGCCCACUGAUUGGAGCUAUUGCAGCUGGUUGCUGCGCGGUCCUCAAGCCAUCCGAAUAUGCUCCCCAUUGGGCCAACCUGGUAGUUGACCUUUUGCCGCGCUAUCUGGAUGCCUCUGCUUAUCGCGUCGUCAACGGGGCGGUACAAGAGACCACGAAGGACCAUAUCGAAGGCAACUCCCGUGUGGCCAGAAUCGUCGCAUCCGCAGCAGCAAAGCAUUUGACGCCGUGCACGCUGGAGCUCGGCGGGAAAUCACCCGCCAUCAUAGACCCGGCUUGCGACCUGAAUCUAGCUGCUAGACGUAUUUUCUAUGGGAAGUGCCUUAACGCUGGACAGAUUUGCGUAUCCCCCGACUAUGUCUUGAUCCCCGAACAGAUACAAGACGAGUUCGCGUCCGCUUUGAGGGCUCAGUAUGAUAGCUUCUAUCCUGAGGGAAGCGCACUAGAGUCGAAUUCUAUGGCUCGGAUUGUCUCCGGUGUGCACUUCGCGCGUCUCAGGGCCUUGUUGAACAGUACGAAGGGCGAUAUAUUCUUUGGUGGGAAAACGCGUGAGGAGGACCUCAGGUUUGAACCAACAGUGGUGAAGAACGUUCCCGGAGAUAUUUGGACCGAUCCUUCCCAUCGUCACUGUUCGUCUAUCGAAGAAGCCAUCCAGUUCGUCAACUCGCGGCCGUACCCUCUCGUUCUGUAUGCGUUUACGAACAAUCCAGAGCUACAGAAGCAGAUCAUUGAUCGGACCAUGAGCGGUACCCUUGCCUUCAACGAUACUAUACAACAACUGUCAGUGAGCGAACUCCCAUUCGGGGGUGUUGGAGAAUCCGGUUACGGAUAUCAAAUCGGGAGGUAUACAUUCGACACAUUCACGCACAUGCGUAGUACAGUGGAUAUACCAGCCUGCGCCGAAGCAGGGUUCAAGCUACGGUAUCCCCCGUAUACAGACGAGAAUUUGCAGGCGAUGAAGGCCGCUGUGGAUACUGAUAUUCCCGCUGACGACUAG